AUGGACACCCCGAAGCCCCAAGAAACAGAACGGAGAUAUAGACUCAGACAGGACUUCCAGACCCGCACUGUCCCAUCAGCCUUGAUCCAAACUUCCACUGUCAUGCCCCCAACUUCAAUCCCUGCGGAGGACACCUCAUCACGCCCUCAGUUCUGUAAGUGGCCAUGUGAGUGCCCCCCAACCCCACCCCGAUGCCCUCCUGGCAUCAGCCUGAUCACUGAUGGCUGUGAGUGCUGCAAGGUGUGUGCCCAGCAGCUCGGGGACAACUGCACAGAGGCGGCCACUUGUGACCCUCACCGGGGCUUGUACUGUGACUACAGUGGGGAUGGCCCGAGGUACGCAAUAGGAGUGUGUGCACAAAUGGUUGGUGUAGGCUGUGUCCUAGAUGGGGUGAGGUACAGGAAUGGCCAAUCCUUCCAGCCCAACUGCAAGUUCAACUGUACUUGCAUCAAUGGGGCUGUGGGCUGCAUCCCACUCUGCACCAACUCUCGUCCACCACGUCUCUGGUGCCCCAACCCUAAGAAGAUUAAGAUGGCGGGUCGAUGCUGUGAGCAAUGGAUCUGUGAUGAUUCCAGGAAACCUCGGAAGACUUUGCCACGACAUAUCUCUCCUGCAGCUUCUGAAGGAGACACUGAGUCAUGGCAGAAGAAUUGUAUUGUGCACACAUCUUCAUGGAGCCCCUGCUCUAGAAGUUGUGGGAUGGGAAUCUCUACCAGAAUCUCCAACAACAAUGCUCAAUGCCAACUGUCAAAGGAGAGCCGCCUGUGCAACCUGAGACCCUGUGAGGUGGAUAUCACCCAGCACAUCAAGCCAGGGAAGAAAUGUUUGGCUGUGUAUCAAGCAGAGCUUCCAAUGAACUUAACCAUCUCUGGCUGUGUGAGCACCAACAGCUACAGACCCAAGUACUGUGGAAUCUGCACAGAUAAUAGGUGCUGCACCCCAUACAAGUCCAAGACCAUUGUUGUGAAUUUCCAGUGUCCUGAUGGUCCAGGCUUCUCCUGGAAACUUAUGUGGAUCAAUGCGUGCUUUUGCAACCUGAGCUGUAGGAACCCCAAUGACAUCUUUGCAGACCUAGAACAAUACCAUGAUUAUGCAGAAAUAGCCAACUAG